AUGAUUGAUGUUGUUGUUGAAGAGGUUGGAGAAGAUAAUGUCGUUCAGGUCGUGACAGAUAAUGCGGCAAACUAUAAGGUUGUUGGGGAGAUGCUGAUGCAAAAGAGGAUUAAAUUAUAUUGGACACCUUGUGUCGUACACUGUCUUGAUUUGAUGCUUGAAGAUUUGGAAAAGAAGAUAUCAGUUUAUGAAGAGACAUUUCCAAAGGACGCUACUCGAUUUGCCACAUCUUACCUUAUUUUAGGAUGCUUGUAUGAGAACAAGGAAGCUUUGAUAAGAAUGCUCACUUCUAAAGAAUGGAAGUCGAGCAAAUGUGCAAAGUUAAGAGACGGAAAAGCCAUUGAAGAUGUGAUUUUGGAUCAAAAAAAUUGGAAGAAUAUUGUUAUUUGUUUGAGGGGUGCUACACCUCUCAUUAAAGUGCUUCGUUUAGUUGAUUCAGAUUAA